GCUUCUGAAAUAUCUCCUUUCAGACCGCCAUUAAAACCCUCUCUACAUUUAACUACUAAAAACGCACACACACACGCAAGAAAAUUUAAAUAAUAACAAAGAAAAAAAAAUGGAUGUAGUGACCUUCGGCAUCAUAGUCGGCAUAAUCCUACUCUUCUUACUGGCCGUUUGCUAUAUCACCAUUCAAGGCACCUGCAAAUCCUCUUAAUCCCUUCCUCAACAAUUCUCUCCCUCAAUCCUCCGCCAUACCCGGAUUCUUCUCAAUUCCCUCCACAUAAUGCCCAAUCCCACCGUUUCCCCACUUAUUUUUGUUUCUGCUGUUGUUUUCUCCCUGCUUUUCGAUCUGAGCUUUGCCCAUGGUUCCCACGGGCAUCAUCAGUGUACUCAUGCCCAUCAACACCACGCCCAUCACCAUCGGCAUGAGGAGGAUGUGUCGGUUACGUCGAAGCUGCUACCGGAGGAGCUGGCGGAGGAGGAGGAUAUGAAGCUUUAUGGAUUUGAACGGCCCUAUGUCGUUCAUGAUCAUGAUAGUCUUGGAUUUUCCCAGCUCUCUGGUUUGGGUCUCUGGAUUCGUGCAUUGGGCUGCUCAUUGUUGAUUAGCAUGGCAUCUCUUAUUUGCCUAAUACUCUUGCCAGUAAUUUUUGUUCGAGGCAAACCAUCGAAAGCUGUUGUGGAUUCAUUGGCUUUAUUUGGGGCAGGGGCUAUGUUAGGGGAUGCGUUUCUUCACCAGUUGCCUCAUGCAUUUGGUGGUAGCAAGCACUCUCAUUCACACGCUGACCAUCAUAGUCAUUCAGGAGAUGAGCAUUCACAUGCACAUACCUUGGAAGAUCUUUCUGUAGGAAUAUCUGUCCUCGCUGGAAUCGUGCUUUUUCUUCUUGUAGAGAAGAUAGUGAGGUAUGUAGAAGAUAAUUCUGAGGGAGGAAAUGGAGGGAGUCAUGGUCAUCACCACCACCAUAAGAACAAAAAAUUGAAGGAUGAUAGUGAUUCUUGUGACACCACUUACAAAAAAAGCAGAGCUAAGUUGUUGGAUGGAUUGCCAAAUGACUCGAAAGAAGCUCCACAGAGAUCCGUUCCUCAGAAGAGAAAUGGAAAAUCUGCGUCCAGAGAUGAUAAGGAAAAUCUAGUUGCUGCUAAUGGCCCCACUGCUGAUGUCAAAUCCUCGCAAGAAUUUCCAGCUCAGACACCGUCAAAUUUAGUGUUUGGUUAUCUUAAUCUAUUCUCUGAUGGUGUUCACAAUUUCACUGAUGGGAUGGCCUUGGGAAGUGCUUUCUUGCUAUAUGGAUCUGUUGGUGGAUGGUCUAGAACAGUGUUUUUGCUUGCACAUGAACUCCCGCAAGAGAUUGGGGAUUUUGGUAUUUUGGUAAGAUCCGGUUUCAGUGUUGCCAAAGCCCUUUUCUUCAACUUCCUCUCUGCACUUGUGGCUCUUGCCGGCACUGCAAUUGCACUGCUAAUGGGGACGGAUCCAGGACACUCAUCUUUGAUUGAGGGGUUUACCGCGGGUGGUUUCAUAUACAUUGCGGUAGCUGGGGUACUAGCCGAAAUGAAUAGUAACAGUAAAUCAACUAUAAGAACAACUGCAUUUCAAUUAGUUUCACUUGUACUUGGAAUGGCUGUCGCGCUCGGCAUUUCCCUCAUUGAAUGAAUCAGAGUGCAUUUAAGUAUGCUCUUUGAAUUCAAAUCUGUACUGGCUUCCCAGGUAUAAACACUGAUUAAACUAAAUAUGUUCAUAUUUGGUCCGUUUUUGUAUCUGUUUCUUUUGUGGAUAGUUGAUCAACAAUUAGUGUGAGAUUAGCAGAGAUGGAAAUUAAGAGAAUACACCCAAUGAUCUUAUAACUGGAGACUUACAGACUGUGUUCGGUAAGAUUUUUAUUCCUUCUCUUAGGAAGUGCUAAUGUUGUAUGCAUAGAUUUUUAUUUUAUUUUUUAAAAGUGUUAUUUUAUUUUAUUUUUUAA